AUGGAUUUAGACUCUUUUCAAUCCCUAUUGGGCAAUCUGGGCCAAGAUGCAUGGGUUGCAUUCCAGAAGAUACCCGGGUCUGCCGUCUUGAUGCGUUACGUCCAGUCCAGCUAUCAAAAUGAUCCCGUGCGAUCCGCCAUGGAGCUCGUCCUCGUCUUGUUCUUCAUCCGUUACUUGAUGUCGCCUUCCUACCGCACCGAUAAGCAGAACUAUGUCAAGCUCCGCGAGGAUGAAGUCGAGGAACUGAUCGAGGAGUGGACGCCGGAGCCAUUGGUAUCGGAGCAAACCCCUAUUGAGCUGGCAGAGAGCGAGAGAGUUCCUAUUAUUGUUGGCCCGACUGGCCCCAAAGCCAAACUCGCCAACGGCCGUACCGUUACGAACCUCGCAUCAUACAACUUCUACAACUUCAAUGGAAACGAGCAGAUCAAGGAGAAGGCAAUCCAGACACUCCGAACUUACGGUGUCGGACCCUGCGGACCACCCCAAUUCUACGGCACGCAAGAUGUCCACGUCAAGACAGAAUCCGAUAUUGCUGCAUACCUUGGUACUGAGAGCUGCAUUGUCUAUGCCCAUGCGUUUUCCACAAUCACCAGUGUCAUUCCCACCUUCUGCAAGCGUGGCGAUGUCAUUGUUGCCGAUGAAGCAUGCAACUAUUCUAUCCGCAAGGGUCUUGAGAUUUCCAGGAGCAAUAUCAAGUGGUUCAAGCACAACGACAUGGACGAUCUGGAGAGGGUUAUGAAAUCGGUGGCCAAGGACCAAGCCAAGACUAAGAAACUGACGCGACGCUUCAUUGUCACGGAGGGAUUGUUUGAGACACUCGGAGAUUCCAUCAACCUCCCCCGCCUCGUGGAACUGAAGGAGCGAUACAAGUUCCGCAUCAUCCUCGACGAGACGUGGUCGUUUGGUGUACUGGGCCGAACUGGUCGUGGCCUCACUGAGGCGCAGAAUGUGGACCCCCAACAGGUGGACAUGAUUAUCGGAUCUCUCUCUGGGCCCCUGUGUGCCGGUGGUGGCUUCUGUGCUGGCGCCAAGGAUGUUGUGGAACACCAGCGUAUCACUUCUUCAGCCUAUACGUACUCGGCCGCCCUACCUGCGAUGAUGGCUGUAACGGCAAGCGAGACACUGAACCUCUUACAGUCAAACCCCGACAUCUUGACGCAGUCCCGGGAGAACAUCAAGGCCUUGAGGGCUCAACUCGACCCCCGCAGUGACUGGGUCAAGUGCACGAGCGCCCCGGAAAACCCAAUCAUGCUGCUGGUGCUCAAGCCAGAGGUCGUCGCAGCCCGAAACCUUGAAGUCGAGGACCAGGAACGUAUCCUGAUGGAAUGUGUUGAUGAGACUCUGGCCAACGGUGUUAUGAUUACCCGCCUCAAGACGCGGGGAUAUGCAAAUGCCAUGAAGGACAGAAAGUCCGAAUGGGCCGUCCAGCCAGCGCUCAAGGUAUGUCUUACGACGGCGUUGUCGAAGAAGGACAUUGAGAAGGCCGGAGUCACGAUCAGACACGCCAUUACCAAAGUCAUGACACGAAAGACGAGCACCAAGGCUGCAUCUUCUUAA